AUGAGCGCCAAGGUCUUUCAAAUGCCCGACUCGGCGCGGAAGCGCCCUCCGGCCGAGCUCGACCACGCGGUUCUCAAGAAGACCAAAAACACCAAUGACGCGCGGCUCGUCGCCCGCCGUCGCUGGAAAAUGAUCCAGGGGCACGUCUUGCUCUCGCGCUGGCUGCGCAAGACCGUGGGCGAAAACAACCACCGCAAGUUCUGCAAGGCGCAGCAGUCGCUCAUGGACUCGCUCUUCACAAGCCAAGACGACUUUAUCGAUGUCCUCCUCAAGAUCCGGGAACAAUUCGUGUCGUUUAUGGACGCGGAAAACUGCUACAUGUACAUUGCCACGACGCGCGGUGUCCUCGAAUUUGACGGCCAGAGCGUGUACCCGUCAACGCGCAUUCAAAAUGGUCUCCUUCACCGCGCGUUCGAGCAAGGCAUCCCGAUGCACGUGCCGACGGCCGUGACGUCGGACCUCUUUAUCGACGAAAAGGACGGGCUCGACGGCCUCGACGUUCGGUCGUACUUGUGCAUGCCGCUGCAAAAUGGAUCCCGCGUUGUCGCAGUCGCCGAGAUCUUCAACUAUCGCAAAGGUAUUCAGACGAUCCAGGACUAUGUCGACUCGCUCCAGAGUGCGAUCGACGAGCCCAACGACUUGACGGUCUUCAGCCGCUUUGUGGCUCAAAUCGUCACGUCGCUCAACAUUUCGUUCGAGCCCGCUCAGCGCCGCACGUCGUUUCCGUCGACCGCAUCUCUCGCGGCCCUGGCGACGCCAAGCGAUAUCUCAUCUGACGCCGUGCUGCAGCGCGCCGUCGGGCUCCUCCACCGCAUGAUGGCGAUCGACCACUGCCGUGUCUACGCGCUCGACGUGCCGUCCAACUCGCUCUUCUCGCGCGUCUUCCGCAACCAGCCGUCCAUGAGCAUCCGCGUCGGCGACGGUAUCGUCGGUGCUGUCGCUGAAUCGGGAAAAGCCAUGCAUCUCACGGACGCAAGCACCGACCCGCGCUGGAGCAUCGGCACCGACAACACGUCUGGGCUUGCGAUCUCGACGGUGCUGUGCACACCUAUCAUUGGGCCCGACGGCCGCGUCAACGGCGUGCUCCAGCUCCUCAACCGCCGCCACGAGCCGAGCUUUACGUCGGUCGACCACGCGAUUUGCAGCGCGAUCUGCACGCACUUGGGCGUCGAGAUCUACAACGCCGACCUGCGCGCGUCGAUUUCCAAGGCGCAGGUGAAGGCGCAGACGCUCCUCGACCUCUCGACGAUCCUCUUUCAAGAGUCGGACAUCAAGGUCAUUGUGCGCGCGAUUUUAGCGACCGUCCAGCGGCCCAUGGGCGCCGCAAACAUUCGCAUCUAUGUCACCGACCGCGAGAAGCACGAGCUCGUGCUCUGCGACGGCGACCGGCGCCGCCGCCCGAUGCACGACGGGCUUCUCGGGCAUACGGUGGCAACUGGCGAUGUCUGCAACAGCCACGACGUCCCAAGUGACACGCGCUGGACGCUGGCGUGGCGCGCCGAGUACUCGGACGUGCGGGCGCUUUUGCUUGUGCCUAUUAAAGACGCGACGGGCUUUGUCUUGGGGGUCGUCGAGAUGGUCGGAAAGAGCGCUGAGGCACCGAAAAAUUACUUUGACCAAGAGGACGAAGCGCUGGCGAUUGGCAUCGCCUACUACUUGGCGAUUGCUUUCAACAAUGCGAUUUCCGCGCGCGCCGCCGUCCGUCGCAGCGACGCGCUCAUCAAGAUGCUGCACGUCGUCUCGUCGUGCACGGACGUGAGCUCGGUGUUUGAAGAAGUCAUCACGGCCACGUGCGAGGUUCUGGACGCAGAGCAUGCCAUGCUCUUCCUCGUCAACCACAUUGAAAAUACGCUCACGAGUCGCGGCAGCGAGAAAACAAAGGGUUGCGUUCUCAGCAUGGACCAAGGCAUUCCUGGCGAAGUGGCCGCGACCGGCGUGCCCGUCAUUCUCUCGGAAGCCACGCCGCACCCCAAGUUUGAUGCGUCCAUGGACGCGCUCCUCGGCGUCACGACGCGGUCGCUUCUCUGCGUGCCCGUCGUCUCGCGCGAGAAGAUCAUUGCAGUCCUUCAAGUCAUCAACAAGCGCCUUGCGCCGAGCUUUGUGAGCGACGACGUGGCGCUCAUGAAGGCUGUGUGCGUCGAGAUCUCCUCGGUCAUUGAGCGCCGGUCGCUCGAGCUCCUCUUCCACGACGAAGAGCACCCAGAGACGGAGCUUCAAAAAGUCACAUCAGACUUUCUCGCUCAAUUCACCGACGUGCACCGUCCGACGCCAAGUACGCACCACCCGGCAUCGCCUCCGCUGCAAGAGACAACAACGACGACCGCGUCCGCACCGACCGCCUCCAUCAGCGCGUUGCCGAAUCUCGACAAGCUCCAAGACGUUGUUGAUUGGGGGUUAAACCCUUUUACCCUACCCCGCGAGCUGCUCGUAGUGCACGCACAGUCGAUGUUUGACGGGUUCCACCUCCUCGACCAGUAUCAAAUGCCGAUCAAGACGUUCCAGCGCUUCAUGCUCUCGGUGCGGGACCAGUACCGGAGUGUGGCGUACCACAACUUUAUCCACGCGUUCACGACGCUGCACAUGACGUUCCUUGUCGUCUAUGCGCAAGCGACCUCGAAGAAGACCGCGAAUGCAUCGCUUUUGAAUGUGCGGGACGUGCUCGCGCUCUUCAUCGGGGCAGUUUGCCACGACAUGAACCACAAUGGCCGCACGAACGAGUUCCACAUCAAGGCCAAGACGUCGACUGCAAUGCUGUACAACGACCAGAGCGUGCUCGAAAACAUGCACGCGGCCCACUGCUUUGACACGCUGCGGCGACCGGGCCACAACAUCCUCGAGCAUUUGACGAGCCCCGACUACAUUUACGUGCGGAAGAGCAUCAUCCGCAUCAUCUUGGCGACCGACAUGCACUUUCACAGCAACAUGGUCAAGAUGCUCCACGAGCGCUUCAAGCACGGCGUCUUCCAGCACGACGCCGAGGCCGACAAGGAACUGCUUCUGAAUGCAAUCGUACACAGCGCCGACAUUGCCAACCCGACGCUCUCGACGUCUGUGCAUACACUGUGGACCGAAGCGCUCAUGGUCGAGUUCAACGAACAGUAUGAAGAAGAGAUGACACUCGGACUCUCGCCAAGCGGCUUUAUGAGCACGAGAGCGCACUCGCCCGACCACGCGCGCAUGAACAUUGCGUUCAUUGACUCGUGCGUCUUCCCGCUCUGGAGCAUUAUGCACGACUUCCUCGAUGGUCUAAGCGUCUGCAUCGGCAAUCUGCACCGGAACCGCGAGUACUGGGUCGCAAAGACGACCACUGGUCAAGAUGUGUAG